AUGUCUUCGAACCCUCGAAAGCGACCAGCGCCAGGAACGAUACCCACCAUGCCGAUGCCACAGGUCGGACAGUCAUUUCCCAGUCCGCCCGGCGAUCAGUUCUUGCGAUGGGGAGGGGCAGCGGACGCUGCUACGGGCCUUGUGGACGGAACAGGGGCCCAGGCCGUCAACUCGUACGGCCUCGUCCCCGGUCAGCAGCAGCAACAGCAGCAGCAGACGCCGCAGCAAUUCGUGCAGCCCACACCAAGCCCCAACAAUGCCGUCGCGCGGAGGCAGAUGAACAGAGCACUCGUCCCGACAGGUGCGAGGCAAAACUUCGACUCGUCCAGCGACCCUUGGUCCUUUGUCGGCGAAGACUCUGCGCUCCUGCAGCAGCAACAAGCAAACGGAAACAUGGCCGAGACCGACAACGUCGAAAUCCUGGAGGAGAUGGCUCGCAAAGCCAUGAGGGAGGCGCAGCAGAAGCGGAAGCAGAUUCCACCGUUUGUGCAGAAGCUGAGCAGUUUCCUCGACGACGAUAAGAAUUCUGAGCUCAUUCGGUGGUCGGAGAAGGGCGACUCAUUCAUCGUCCUCGACGAGGAUGAAUUCGCGAAGAAGCUAAUUCCCGACCUGUUCAAGCACAACAACUAUGCUUCCUUUGUACGACAGCUCAACAUGUACGGCUUCCACAAGCGGGUCGGCUUGUCGGAUAACUCGAUGCGUGCAAGCGAACGGAAGAACAAGAGCCCAAGCGAGUACUCGAAUCCCUUCUUCCGACGAGGGCACCCGAACCUGCUCUGGCUCAUUAACAAACCAAAGAGCGGCAACAAGGGCAAAAAGGGCGCCAAGAAUGCAGAAGUCGAGGGUGAUAGCGAGGAGGAUGCCGUCAACAUUGACGACGGCGUGACACAGGGCUUUAGUACCGCCAGUGCACCCGCCAGCAAAGCCCUGCCGCCAUCGGGCGACAUGCCGAUACAGAAGAAGGAGAUGACGUUGAUUCGGGAAGAGUUGGCCAAGGUGCGCGAGCAGCAGAGGAUGAUCAUGACGGCGAUCCAGCGGAUCCAGCAAGACAACACGGCGUUAUAUCAGCAGGCUGUCGUCUUCCAGAGCCAGCACGACCGUCAUCAAAACUCCAUCAACGCCAUCCUGAACUUCUUGGCCAACGUGUUUAGAAAGACACUCGAGGACCAAGCAGGCCCUCAGAGCGUAAACGACCUUCUCGCGAGCAUCAUCCCGAACGGCAACAGCUCCAGCUCGGUACCUCAGGGAAGCGUCGUGGAUCUGGGCGACUACGUGCAAGCACAAACCUCGGCAGGAAACAACAUCAAUAUCCCAAAGCGCCGGCAAGCGUUGCUGCCGCCCAUUCCCAACGGUCGCGCGAAUACGGUAUCGCCGUCACCAGCUAGCGGCUCCGCGACGCCUCAGCCGUACAACCGCGAGAUGGGCACCGUCACAGAACUGUUUGACACAUCACCCGGCGACCACACAUCACCAACCAACUAUCUAGCCCAAGAGCUCGAGUCGAAUCCCCAUGAGAGCAUGAUGAAGAUUAUCCAUGACACAAAUGCCAACAACUCAUCUGGCAUCGAUCUCCCCCACGUCGUCAACAAUACCCCCGUCACAAUGAGCAACGACCAACGCAACAAGAUGCUGAACGCCAUGGCCGGUCGAUCGUCCGCAACACCCUCGACCAACGCUCCGCAGUCCUCCAAGCCUUCAAUGUCCGCCUCACCCAAUCCGCCAGCUCCCUCCGUGACCGCCACUCCCGAUACACCGCCGCCCAUGCCCGCCGCACCCGGCCUCUCCCUCUCGCCCAUCAUGGGCUCCGCCGCGCCGCCACCUUCACUACAGCAAAUCAACUUCAACCAAGAGGACCUCGCCGCGCUACACCGGAUGCAGGAGGAGCAAGCCGCGAAGCUGGACCACCUCUCCAGCAUGCUCGGACCGCUCAGCCCUUCGGGUCGCAUACCCGGCAUCGACGAGAACGGCAACGUGAACGGCUACUUUGACGGCGACCUCGACAUUGACCAGUUCCUGAACCCGGAUGCGUUCCAGGGCGACAACGCGUACCCUGGCGUCAACUUCAACGGUGACGGGAACGACUUCAACUUUACCCUCGACGGCUCGGCUCCGAAUAACGGAGGGGGCAACAAUAACGUCAAUGGCACACCGAGCUCCACCGGGACUGAAGAGGUUCCGCGGGAUAGCUUCGAUGGGAUCACUGACAGCCCCGACCGCGGUAACAAACGCAGACGUGUGGGUGGUGCAACGGUCUUGAUCAUCAAAUUAUCCGAGGAUGAGAAGAAUGCCGCAGAGGGCGUCUCUCUGUUCUUCUUCUUCUCUAUGGAAGGCGGCGGUUUUCUUCGAAAUAACUUGUGCGUGGACAAAAAAGAGCAUGAUAUCCAAAAAUUGCUUAUUGCUUUCUCUGUCUCUCCCUCUCUCUUCCCCUAUGUUGAAUGA